CUAAGAUGGUGGCGAGAGGGUUGUGGGCGGUUGGACCGUGAGGGGUAUCGACUCCAACAAAUGGUGGGACCAAACGCAGCCGAGUCCGAGGGGGGAACCGAUCCCGGGGCAUCAGCCGGCCCUGGGUGUGCUGUCGCCAUCGUGACGCCGCUGCCCGAUGCAGACAAGGAGGUGAAAAAGCUGCAGGAUUUGGUCAAAAAGCUGGAACUGCAGAAUGAGCAGCUCCGGUGUCGAAGCGGCCGCGGAGGGAGGGGGAAGGGGCUCGGCGGGGAUGGGUUACCACCACCGGCUAACGGAGCCCUGAGCGAGUGUGCGGGCGACAUCCCGGGUGUGGAGCUGAGCCCCAGCCACCCGCUCCUGACCGACUGUGAGGUGCUGUUGAGCAGUUGGAAAGCGGAGAUACCGGGCAGCGUCUUCUCGGGUGUCACUCGGUGCUGCUCCGAGCAGGAGAUUGAAGAGCAGCUGCCGCCGCCUGCUUACCUGGAGGAGGAUGUCCUGGAGCUGGAGCCGGACCUUGGCACCGUGGAGGAGGACAGCUGGUUGUAUGUUUCACCAAAGAAGACAGUGGCAACAGACACCGAUCAGAAGACACAAAACCCUCUGAAAUGGUGCAGACAGGUGCUUGAUCAUCCUAGCCCAGAGACUGAAGCUGCCUGCCGCAGUCUCAUUUGUAGACUUGAUCAAGCCAACAGAUGGAGAAACAUCUAUUGCACUCCGUUUUCUUCUGCCUGUGCUUAUAGCUCCAAUACAGAUGUCACUUCGUGUAGCAAUCUCUUAAACUCUCCUGGUUUCCUCAAAACGUCUACUAAACCAGUACUAACCCAUGGCAGUUCAGGAUAUCCAACCAUUCAUUCGGCACUGAGUUCCCAGUCAUCUAUUGACAGUGAGUUAAGCACCUCUGAUGACUCUAUCUCCAUGGGGUAUAAAUUGCAAGAUCUUACAGAUGUCCAGAUCAUGGCUCGAUUACAGGAAGAAAGUCUCCGUCAGGAUUAUGCCUCCAGUUCAGCAUCGGCUUCCCGGCGUAGCUCCAGUGCCUCUCUAAAUUCUCUCAGGAGAGGUACUUACAGUGAUCAGGAGUUUGACACUUAUAGCCUGGAUGAUGAAGAUGAAUGUGAUUACUCUUUCCCCCAGCACAACAUGCACAGAUAUUCACCUUCUCCACGAAAUUCACCUCGAUCACAGUCUCCGGUUAGAGGAGCAACAACUGCAGGCAGAGCUCGGCCUUCACGACGCUGCUUGCAGGGUCGCAUGUCUGAGCUAAUGAAUUACACGAAAAAUCAAGAGGAAAUGCGUCGCAGUAUGCCUAACCUGGCCAAGUCUGGGAUUCGUUGUUCUGACACGGGCAGAAACAGUCGAAGUUUUGAAUCUAAUUUGCAAAUGCCCGGCAGUCGGAUUUCAAGGUUGCAGCAGUCUCCAUCUGGUCCAUCUUCUGGUAAGCUCAGGUAUACUACUGGUAACAACAGCCAGAUUCCCCCCUCGAACAGACAGCCAGUGAAAGCUAUAGUAAACAAUAACUCUCCCUUGACAGCAAGGCAUCCAGUGAAAACAACAGGAUAUCCAAGUUCUGGAAGCACAGUUCGUAGAAUCCAGUCUCCUCCUUAUUCAAGCACUUCUUCUCCAACCGGCAUUGCUUCAGCUGGAAGAUCCUUUAGCUCAGCUCCUGCCCUUAAGAACACCCCUACAAAGUCACGAGUUACUGGCACUUGCACUGCCACUGCCACAGUUUCUAAGAGCAAGCUUUUGCAGCCAACAAGGAGAACUCUGCAACUACCGAAGACACACAGCACUGUGACAGAAGACAAGUGGAAAGAAGGUUGCUAUUGAGGAAAGCCCAAAGAUUCACAAACUGCUGGCACGUGAUGAAGUGAAAGCCCAGCUGGCUGGGCAGAAGUCCAAUUUAAAUCAAACACAGUAAAGAAGAGUCAAUUUUCUGGCAAAGGAACAAUAUUUUGUAAAGACUGGUUUUAAGUGCUAGUGGCCAUCUGUGCCAGGAUUUUGACACUUGGACCUCCUGUUGAUUUAUAUUAUCAGCCCAGUUGUAUAAAGCCAGGUUGUGCCAUGUGGCUACUAGUUUACAUAUUUAUGCAUUGCAAAUCCAAACUCUCCAACUGGCUGUGAACUUGAAGUAAAAUUAUGUAACAAUCAAAACUUUUAAAUUGCAAAAGCAAUCACUGUUUGCCUUGAUACUUUAUCAUCUAAACCUUUUUUCAUUCCUUUUUCAAAUGUAAGCAUAUAAUGGAAGGCAAAAUAACUGGGGUCAGUGCUUGGAGGUGUCUAGUUGCCAAGUACUUGAACGUUUCUUUGCUCAGUUCUAUUCUGAGGCUUGUAAUUUAUGUAGUAAUUGUUUCACAAAAGUCACAGCAUUUUUUGUAUGUGUUAGUGUUGCAAAUAGCCAGGAUAUGUUGCAUGAACAACAGUACUUUAUGUUCCUUAAGUGUUUGUUACAUUGUACAGGAGCAACUGGAAACAUUCCUUAACUUUCACAAAGUUGAGGCAUAUCUAAUAACAUACUUGCAAUGCCCCAAAUGUGCAAUGUGUAAUUAAACUCUUGACCACUUCAGAUUGGAUCACUGGAGAUUUAUAUCCAAGUGUGAUGAAGUUUAAAAGACAGUAUUCAUUGAGAGACGUGGUGCAGUAAAUAUGUUUCAAAAAUAUUAAGUUGCUGACCCUUUUAAUGAAACCAAGGGCUUAUAAAUCUACUGAAUUGUGAAAUAGGGGCUUAAAUAAUGUAUUAUAUCUUGAGUUCUGUGGUGGUGUUGACCAAUCAAAGUUGGCUAUUUCACUAAAUUAACCAUUGGUUUUCAUAGUGCCAAGACCCUCACUACUCAGACGUAAGAUAUUUCAUGUAUGUACAGUGAAUUUCUGAUCUCUGGGGGUGUUGUCAACCCAAGGGGAAAUUGACUGCACCAUGCUCACUUGCCACCUGAAGUGAAGUUGGAACACAAUGAGGAAGAUCAGUUGGGGUAACAAUUGUAAAAUCUAAGAAUGAAGGGUUGGGAAAGAUGGAGAGAAACUUAGCCCAUCAGUCUAUUUCAGUAUGAAAUUAAAUAUUCAAUUUAUUUAAAUUCAAAUAAUUGACCAAUACCACUUCAGUAGAUGCCAGUCCAGUGUUAUGGCAAAUAUUUAAUUGGCUGACUGUGUAUCUGAAAUGGAUUGUAUUAAAACUUUGAUGAUUUGUGACUAUUUGGACUGUCAAUUUGGCAUCAGUCUUUUUCAUGGUAUUUUUUUGUCCUGGUUAAAGAUGCAAAAUUUUAUAAGGUCUUCUUACCACAUCUUUGUCCCCACUCUUCCAGCCCACACAUCUUCAUACUUAGUUACAGGAUUUGCAAAGGAAUUACUUUACCUGAUGGAAAAACCAUUUUCAAACUCAUUUGUUGCCUCCUAAUCCCAGAUAAUCUACUGAAUAAGAAGCUGGUUAAGUUUGGAGAUGAGUAAUGAAAUGUUGAAAAUGUCAUCUCAUCUCAUUAAAAGCACUGUACGCUUGACUCAAGUAAUUAAUGAAUUUGACAAGCAGUCAGUCAAGCAGACAACUUGCUGCAGUUGGGAACAGGUGCAGCUACUUUGCUUAACAGUUUAAGCUUUAUAAUCAGUUUGGCAGAGAGGAGAAUAUUUGUGAUGCAGGAGUCUGUAGUGUGUUGUAAUCCUAAACAGAUCAAUACAGGCUUUAAUUUGGUCAGUAUGGCUCAGCCACAAUCAACUUGUCUAGUCAGGAAUGCCUCAAUUACACUAUUUCCUUGGAGUUGAGGGAAAGUAUUAAAAUUGUGCUGGUCAGUAGCAAAUCGGCUGGAAUAUGGGAUCCAGUCUUCAAACUGUUUCUUAGACGACUAAUCCCACAUUGUGAAUUAGUAGUGAGGUCAGUGCUGUGAUGUGAAUUUUAUUAUUGCCAUUCUCAAGCAGCUGAUUUACCCAACUAGCUUUGUUUUCUAUUUUAGUUCUUAAAGGACGUUAUUGAAGAAUCUUUGAAUUUGUGUAUUGCGGAGUCUUUAUAAGAUAGAAGCGUUAACAGUCUGCUUAUCUUCAGUUGUAUACUAGCAUGAAGUUGUGUAUGUUUUUAUUUCUUCACUAUGCUGGCAUUGAUUGGGUGAAUGUCAGUAGUGUAAAAGGCACAUUCCACUUCAAUUUCUUAAUUAAAUGAAACUUUUUGAA